AUGGAUGAGGAUCUCAUUGGACCAAAUGCAGUGGUAAGUACCUUUCUGUAUCUGAAAUUCCUGGUGGUGUGGGCACUAGUAUUGCUGGCAGACUUUGUCCUGGAGUUCAGAUUUGAAUAUCUGUGGCCGUUUUGGCUUUUCAUCAGGAGCGUUUACGAUUCGUUCAGAUACCAGGGUUUGGCCUUCUCAGUGUUUUUUGUUUGUGUAGCAUUCACAUCAAAUAUAAUAUGUCUGCUCUUCAUACCAAUACAAUGGCUAUUUUUUGCUGCCAGCACGUAUGUAUGGGUACAGUAUGUCUGGCACACAGAGAGGGGGGUGUGUUUGCCAACAGUAUCGCUUUGGAUACUUUUUGUUUAUAUCGAAGCAGCAAUUAGAUUUAAAGAUCUCAAAAACUUUCAUGUAGACCUUUGUCGUCCUUUUGCUGCACACUGUAUUGGCUAUCCUGUUGUGACUUUGGGCUUUGGCUUCAAAAGUUAUGUCAGCUACAAAAUGCGAUUAAGAAAACAAAAAGAAGUGCAGAAAGAGAAUGAAUUUUACAUGCAGCUUCUCCAGCAAGCUCUACCCCCAGAGCAACAGAUGCUACAAAGGCAAGAGAGAGAGGCAGAGGAAGCAGCCAAAGGAUUAUCUGAUAUGGAUUCCUCAGUACUUUUGCAACACAAUGGAGGCAUUCCAGCCAAUAAAAAAUUAUCCACAACAUUGCCGGAGCUAGAAUAUAGGGAAAAGGGGAAAGAAAAGGACAAGGAUGCCAAAAAACACAACCUUGGAAUAAAUAACAAUAUUUUACAACCAGUAGACUCUAAAAUACAAGAAAUUGAAUAUAUGGAAAACCAUAUCAAUAGUAAAAGAUUAAAUAAUGAUCUUGUUGGAAGUACAGAAAAUCUCUUAAAAGAGGACUCAUGCACUGCCUCAUCCAAAAAUUACAAAAAUGCCAGUGGAGUUGUGAACUCCUCACCUCGCAGUCACAGUGCAACUAAUGGGAGCAUCCCUUCCUCAUCUACUAAAAAUGAGAAAAAACAGAAAUGCACUAGCAAGAGCCCAAGCACACACAAGGACUUAAUGGAAAACUGUAUUCCUAAUAACCAGCUAAGCAAACCAGAUGCACUGGUAAGGUUGGAACAAGAUAUUAAAAAGUUAAAGGCUGACCUCCAGGCAAGCAGGCAAACUGAACAGGAGCUACGUAGUCAGAUCAGUUCUCUGACUAGCACGGAGCGGGGAAUUCGAUCUGAAAUUGGACAGCUCCGACAAGAAAAUGAGCUGCUUCAGAACAAAUUACAUAAUGCUGUACAAAUGAAACAAAAAGACAAGCAAACCAUCAGCCAGUUGGAGAAAAAACUGAAAGCAGAGCAAGAAGCACGAGCCUUUGUAGAAAAACAGUUGAUGGAGGAAAAGAAAAGAAAGAAGUUGGAAGAAGCAACUGCUGCACGUGCUGUUGCAUUUGCUGCUGCUACCAGAGGAGAAUGCACUGAAACUUUACGGAAUCGUAUCAGAGAGCUGGAGACAGAAUGCAAGAAGCUUACGAUUGACAUAAAGCUGAAAGAAGACCAGAUACGAGAACUAGAAAUGAAAGUUCAGGAGCUGCGGAAAUACAAAGAAAAUGAGAAGGAUACUGAGGUGUUAAUGUCAGCACUUUCAGCCAUGCAAGAUAAAACACAGCACUUAGAGAACAGCCUGAGUGCAGAGACAAGAAUUAAGUUGGAUCUGUUCUCUGCAUUAGGAGAUGCAAAACGGCAGCUUGAGAUUGCCCAAGGGCAAAUCAUUCAAAAAGACCAGGAAAUCAAGGACCUAAAACAGAGGAUAGCAGAAGUUAUGGCCGUGAUGCCCAGCAUAACAUACAAUGCAGCCACCAGCACUCUGAGUCCUGUUUCCCCACAUUACUCUUCCAAAUUUGUGGAGACCAGCCCUUCUGGACUUGAUCCCAAUGCCUCCGUUUAUCAACCCUUGAAAAAAUGAAUGCCAACUUUCUUUUUGCCCAACAGUUUUGUCAGACCGAAAGCAUCGCACAGGAGUAUCUCUUGCAGUCAAGAUGAAAUUGUAUUGUGUGCGACUGUAUUUGUCAUUUAAAACAGAAAGGGGGG